CGUCACGGAGGUUAUAAGAAGACUGGCUGGAGCAGUCACACGGUUCAGUCUGAGCUGCAGAGAAGAUGGCGGUCAGGGUAAUGAGAGGAGGUGACACCGGGCCAGCCGCCCGAGAACAUGUCCAGGCGGUCAGUAGGGACUACCUGUCCCAGCCCAGGCUGAGUAAGUGAAAGGAGUAUGUUAUAUGUGUGUGCAUGCUGCUGAAUGCCUUGACAGCUCUUAUUACAUGUCACCAUGUCACUGCUCUGCUUGUACCUGCAUCUAUUUACAUGGAAUACUUCCUGCUGGACAGAUUGAUUUCCCUGCAGCAUUUAUUAAAUAGGGAUUUAUUUGCAGUGAUAUUAAAAUACGUGUUUUGUUCGUAUCUUAUAAUGUAUUGUGUAUAUUGACAUUCUCCAUUCCCUGCCCUGUGUGAUGUAGCUGUCAUUUUCUUGAAUUUCUCAUUCAUACAAGGGCUUAGCAUUUGUGUGUGUUAUAAGUGCAAUUUUACCAAGUUAUUAAUAUAUAUUUGGCGACAAGAAAACAUGUGUAUAUAUGUCCAUAACCAAAGUAUAACGAGGGAAUGUAUAUUUGUAAUUCUGGAUCAAGCAGGCAGUGCUGCAUUCUUGUUUUAUAGUCAAAACAUAAAGUAUCAGCUAGAUGCUUUGUAAACACAUUUAGAAUUGUCACAAUUUAUGCCAUGUUGACAGAAGAUCACAAUCUAGGGGAUCAGAGCAAAACUAAAUAGAAUCGUAUGCAGGGGCUCUUUUCAUUUAAAAAAAAAAUCAAAAUGCAAUUCAUUUUAGGCCACUGGGUAUCAUGUGAUCGGUCACAUGAAUUCUCGUCAUGUGACACAAGCUUGUAACCACAGUUAUAUGUUGUACUAAGAGCUGGAAAUUGGUGUUACCAGCUAUAUAGAAUAAAGUAUUUUUAUGGAACUCAUUCAUUCAUAGUCAUGAUUAUAUACAGAUUUUGAUAUAGAUAUAAAGCUGGAUAUAUAAAAUGUUUUCCCAAAAAUAUAUUUGAUUGUUUUAAAGAUAUUAUUCACCGAACCAUGAAAUCUGGUGAAACUCAAAUUACACAAUUCAGGCUAAAAAGGCCAAGAUGUGACUAUAACUGGUUUGGAGACUAUUUGUAUACCAGCUUUUAUUUUGCUGUUUGUUUUUCAAUUUGUUUAUAGCUUAAUCUCUGUUUUGUUUUGUAAGGAAAUUGUAAAAUGGUUCGUUGGCCAAAAUGUAGCUGCUAUGGCUUCUUUGUCCUAAAAUUGUCCCAGAAACACAUUGGAGGUGAUAAAGAGCUGCUAUUAACAUGUAAUAGAUUUAUCCUUGGUCUGCACAUCUCCCAUUUUUUUUUUUAUCUGACCGUUUUGUCCAGUGAUUCUGUUUUGUCAUUUUUAAAUAGUGGCACUGUUUAUAUAAUACAUAUUUAAAAAAUUUUUUUUUUUUUAAAAAGUGCGAGACUGCACUUGUUUUUCUUUCACAAAAUGUUCACCACGGUCAUUUGAAUUACUGAAACAAGUCUUCCUCUUUCUUUAAGGCAUAGAAAUCCUUCAAAUAGUUUCUGCAUCUUUUUUCUUUACUAUUAAAGAUUUGUCAUCUUGUUUUGAGAAUGUUAAUAUAAAAUGGUAGUACAGUCAGGAAAAAAAAAAUCUAAAAAGUGGCAGAUUAUUUUACACAAAAAAAGGAUUGAACAAAUUUCCCAAAUGUAUAAGUGUGGAGCAAUCGUUUUAUACCUAAGAAAUGUUUUUUUUUUUUACAUGACCUCCUUUUAUUGGCAGCCAUGGCACAUUUAGCAAGUUUCUGUGUGUGAGGUAGUUAAAAACAGUGUGGUGAAUGCUUGUUCUUAAUUACACCAAGCGUAUCGCGGGAUGGUAAAUUUCUAAGCCCUAUUGCUUUCCAGUGACAAAAUUAUUCCAUCAUGAUUGCUUGGGAUUUAUCAUCUCAUGACAAAAUAAUUCCUUCAUGCAGUUUUUGUACCAGUUAAAGAGUUACUCAAUUAGAUCUCUAGGUCCCCCAACCAGUAACACAGUAUGGGCUCUGAUUUGAGCACUACUGGUGUGAUUUGGCAUGGUUAUCACAGAUAACCCUGCCAGCCAGCCAUUAACAUCCAGUUUCAGAAACACAGAUCUAUCCUCUCAGGUGAACUACAUGAUGUCCACUGGUGGCUCUAGACUUUGUGAGGCCUUAGGCAAAACUAAAACAUGAGCCCCUCUAACACCUAAAGUUAAAAAAGGGGGUUGCAUUGUGAAUAAGGUGCUGUAGUUAUAUUAAAGGACAGUACAUCUAAAUCAGUUUGUUCCCCAGCCCAUACUUUCUGUGGCUGUCAAAUCACAGACCUCCCAAUGCAGCUCAAUAAUAAGUCAAGUGCUCUGGGCAUUUGCCUGUCUCUUGAGUUUAGCUCCAUUGAACUAAACAACCAGGAAGUAACAGCACUGGUUGUCUGAUGGGCAGCAAGGGGAUUUAACAAGGUUAUAAAGUUGUUUAGGUUGAAAAAGAAUAACCCUGAAGCCCACUAUUUUAUGCUUUUGAUUCAAAAGAAGGCAAAAAAACAAAUUUUAGCAAUUUCCAAUUAUGCCAUAAAAAUGUAUUUGGAUCAACAACCUGUUUACAUACAGAUCAAUUAUCCAUGAAUAUUGUUUAUGCAGAAAAAGCAUCCAAGCAUUUUCUAAAAAUAUUUAUAGAAUCUAAGACAACCUUUUUAAGCAGAGAAUUGCACGUCUUUAUUGUUCUUACUGUAAAGAAACCUUUCCUCUGCUGUAAGUGAAAACACCUUUCUUCCAGUCUCAAUGGAUGACCUCUUGUCUGUAUAACAGGUUAGCUAGCAUUUAGUAUUGACCCUGUAUAGUAUUGUAUAGAGGUAUCAUAUCGGCUCUGAGGUGCCUUUUUUUUUUUAUAAAGCAGACAGAUCCAGUUUUUCUAGCCUUCCCUCACAUCCCUUAUUAGUUUUGUAGCUUGCAUUUUUUCUAGUUCUGUAAUAUCAGUCUUUAAAACUGGUGCCCAAAAUUGCAGCACAUAUUCAAGGUUGGGUGUCUUACCACUUAUUUAUAACGAGGCAAAAUUAUAUUUGGAUUAUGCAAAUCAAAAACCCCUUUAUACACUAAAGCACCUUACUUAGUUUUUGCAGCAGACUUGCAAGACCCUUUCCUUUAACGUUAUCCCUAACUCAAGCUCAUUUAAUGUAUAAAUCAGGGCUUGACAAAUUUGUUUUCAAUCUAGGAGCCAGCUAAAAAAGUUAGCAGCCAGUCCCCCCUCUCCAAUGACAAAAAUACAAUUCUUAAAGGAACACUAAAAGGAACACUAUAGUCACCAGAACCACUACAGAUGACUUUUCAAUGUAAACGCUGCCUUUACGGAGAUAAGGCAGUUUUGACAUUGCUGCCUAGUAACACCUCUAGUGGCUGUCACUCUAAAGUGUCUCCUAUCUUAGUUCAAAAUGUGCAGCACCUACAUUCAGUGUCUCCACGCUCUGCAUGGAGGCACUGAUGGUUACACAUUAAGAUAUGGGUGGGCACACAUACACUGUAUUAUGAUUUGUGGACCCAGGACGUACUUGAAAAUGAGAGAAAUCUCAAUGUAUCUUUCCUGGUAAAAUAUUAUAAAUAAAUAAAUUAUUGAUACACUCAAAUAUAUAUACACACAGACACACACAUACAGACAUUCACACAUGACCGAUACAAAAAAAUACAUAUUUUUAGCCACCCUCCUGCCUUUUGGGCUCAGGAGGGUGGCUCCCCUGGGGUCCUGUGGGACUGGGCAGCAGCAGGUGACAUCUGGUUAGUGGGAUUGGGCAGCAGCAGGUGCCAUUUGGUUAGUGGGACUGGCUGCAGCUAAUGGUAGUAGGCAGCCACUGUUUGACACCUCCGCCUCCUGUCUCUCCAGCCCUGUGCAACUCUGUGUGCGCUGGGAUGAAGUUAAGGUAACUGUAAUAACUUCCUUCAGGUGCUGAGGUCAUGCAGGGUAAAGGGUGGGCGGGCAGCCGGCUGGCCCUGCGGCAUGGGGGUCAGUAGGCGGGCGGGGAGCAGGGUUGGCUAUGCAGGAUGGGGAGCUGAGUCGUCUUUACCUUGUCAGGUUAGCUUGCCAUUCCCCUGCACUGCCUCUGCACUGGGAGGAAGUAAUUACAGUUCUUCACUCCCUCCUGGCACACAGAGAGCUGCAUGGGGAUUGAGACAGGAAGAGGAGGGAACAGGCUGAUCAAUCCCAGGCACCAGGGCAAAAUAUUUAGUCGCCAUGGCGACCUGGCGUCUGGGAUUAGUCGAGCCCUGGUAUAAGUGGUUUAUGGGUUCCUUAUUCCAAGAUGCAUUUAUCUGUAUUGAAUUUCAUUUGCCACUUGCCUGCCCAGUCUCCCAAUUUAUCCAAAUCCCACUGAAGGGAAGUUAUUUCAUGUUCAAGCUGUAUUUUCUUACCUAGUUUUGUAUUUGCAAAUACUGACAAGUGACUUUCAUAGCCCACUUUGAUUAAAGAGAAGGGGAAACAGUGGCAUUCUAUUUACCACUUUUGUCCAAUUGGAAAAUUUUCCAUUUGCAACUAUUCUCUGCACUCUCUUUAAAGUGAGUGCAUCUUUAAAUGCCGAACUUACCUUUCUUUAAUUGAUUCCUCUUCUUUCCCUCUCUCAGGAUCUGUUCUUCAUUUAUUCCUGUCUGCUCUAGUUUUCUUUAAAACAUAAGAAAAAGUAGGGACUAUUUGUCUUAUGAAGGUUUCCUACGCCUGACCAGCGGAGGAGCAAAGUGUUCUUCAUUAACGGUGGUCAGAGAAAUGUUCCCAUAAUUCUCACCUUUCCUCAGUGUUCCCACGAUGCUUCCUUUUACUUUUCCCGAACGUCCUGUCACUUAGAGCGCCGGCAAAACUACCGAAUUGCGUCCUAACAGAAUGAGAACAGUUUCUCCAUUAAUGUUAGGAAGCAAUUCGGGACUUUAAGAUUGGAAUUUCAUUCGAAUGAAAAACUCUGAUCUGAUUCAUGCCGCGGCUGCAUUUUGCAGCCGCUUAGUAGAUAACUCCCUAAUACCCAUGGUAUUAGGGAGCGCUAUCUACCAAAAGGCUGAAAGACCUAAAUUGGUCUUUCAGCCAAAUUUACUAAUACUAAGUAAAGAUUACUUAGUAUUACUAAAUUCUGCCCCUACUCGCUGUAUCACAAGUAGGGGCAUGUCCAGUAAACAGUGAGCAGCCUGUGGCUGCUCACUGUUAAAAAAAAAAAAACAGAAAACAAAAAAAAAAGUACCACCCUCUCAAGCCCCCACCCUCUCGAGCGAGUGGGGGCUUUUAAACUGAAGGGGGGACCUAGAGCCCAGUCACUACCCUUCAGUGGCAGCCCUAAAUGAGAAUGUGUGGGGGGGCACCUAUUGUACUUCCUCCUGGCCCGUACCCCUGAGUUGCAGGUGGGGGCCCUAAAUAGCAAUGAGAGGGGUGAAGACCUAUUAUCCUCCCCCCUGCCCCCACCCCUGAGCAGCAGGUGGGGGCCCUAAAUAGCAAAGAAGGGGGGGAACCUAUUCUCCUCCCCCGGCCCCCACCCCUGAGUGGCGGGUGGGGUCCCUAAAUAAAUAUAGGGGGGAGCUAUUGUCCUCCCCCCUGCCCCCACUGCUGAGCUAUCAAGUGUGGGCAGAUGACGUUUCCCACAGGGCCUUCAUUUACCCACACAAAGAUGGCGGCGCCCAGAACUUAGGUCCGGGUAGAAAAUAAAGUUUAAAAACUAGGUAAUAUGGGGUGCUUAGGGGCAUUUGGGGGUAACUAGGGGGUCAAUUAGAUGUAGUGGAGUCGGGAGGGGGGUUAAUAAAAAAUGGUAUUCGGCCAUGACAGUGCCGCUUUAAGCCAGUGUUAUAUCCAAGGACAUGACUUGUUUUCUAAACUGAUUUAAAGGGCAGAAAAACAAACCCGUACAUCCAGAAAUCGUGUAAAACUAGGUAUGCAUAAGUGGAUUAUGUGUCACACUGAGGGGAGGAGAUGUGUGGGAGGUAAGUUACACUAAUGGAUACUGUAUUAAUGAAUGUGAAUCCCUCCCUUGCAUGGGAGAAAGCUUUAAAAGAAGGUUGUGUGGAUUAAAAAUUCAGUUCUGCUCCUGAUGCUGUGUCGUCCAGUCAUUGGGAUCUGUAUUGGGAUAUUUGUGGAUUACCUUGCUUGUUGUGACUAUUGUUAUAUGGGAUUUUAUUACUUGUUCCUGAGCCUCACUGGGAUCUUUAGUGGAAAUAACCUGUAAAAUACCAGUUCUCCGCUACGCUGGAGAUGCGAAGGUGGGGACAAUGGAACACAUAUGGUGGGAGUGCCCACAUAUUAGACCAUAUUGGACAGAUGUAAUUGUAAUAAUAAAAACCAUUCUAGAGCUCCCACAUUCACUGGCACCAUCCCAGGUACUGUUUGGCUGGCCACAAUUCUUCCAAAACCCGAAAGCCCAACACCUGGUGUGGUUGUUACUGGGAGAAGCAAACAACCUUAUACCUAUAUACUGGAGGAAAACGGAGACCCCCACAGUGACACAAUGGAUAGCCAGGGUAGAAGUAAUGAGAGAAAUGGAGAACAUGCAUUGGUCUACACAAGGCAGUCACUACAAAUACACAAUCACAUGGGAACCCUGGCUAAAGUACUGGGCGCAAAAAGACAAUAAACGUGGCCAAUAAUGAAUGAACCUACACGGUACCCAAUGGAACCCUUCCCAGCCUCCCCACUAUGGGGAGUCUACGGAACACUGACCCCCUCCCAUCCCCUGUACCAAUACCCAGUUAUAACCCUCAGCCCUGAGGUCUCAUUGUCGAGAAGGGAGGGGGGGGGGACUAAAAUGCAGAUCAAUUGGUACUCCAGAAACUCCUGAAAACCCAGUGGGGGACCGAAGGAGACAACAACUACACUAUUUACAUUACAUACCUAGAACCCUAGAGGUAUUUAGAGAGGUUAGAAGAAGAUAGCUCCUCCACAGGGGUUCAGGCAGGAACCAAAAAAGUAUUGUAACGUACAGUGUAACUAACCAUGUGUUGAAUAUGCAAUGUAACAAUCCACCACUUAAAUCUAUAGCUUUAUGCCUGUUGUGAACCCUCCCUCUCGACGAUCCCCCUCCUUCUCUUUCUGUACCCCAUCCCUUUGAUAUAAACCAAUGAAAUUGGAAUUAAACAAACAAAAAAGAAAAUACCCUGAGGCCUGCCGGAGAUCGAGCAGCGGGGAGACGACCACUCCCGUGCUGACUGACCUGGACACAGAGCCCUUUGGGUUGUCAGCUCCUACCCCUCCCCCUUCUGGACUGAUGGGGGUCACCUCGGUCUGCACCAAACAGGAGGGACGGUCAUGAGCUGAACCCACAGUACAAGGGCAGCCGAGCACAUGCCGCCCCCAAAAUGGCGAUGGCAAGCACAUCAUACAAGCCAAACUGCGCACCUGAAGCGGAGACCCACGACGAGGUUAUGCGGCGCAUAGAAGCUACAUUUACCCGAUUCCAGCACAGCCUCAACAAACGGCUGCAAGCAUCUCAGGUGACCCGCCACCCACUACGAAACGCGAGAAGCAGCACCACCCUCAUGGGGGAAAGGGAAAGGCACCAUUAUUAUUAUUCAAUGCUUUCCUAUGGGAUUCUGACGAAGCUGGAGAUCCUCAUGCAUAGCGUGGCCAAAAGUAGUCUAAGAAGCCAGAAGUGGUAGACCGCCACUAGAGGAGGACAUAACCCUGCAAGGUAAUUAUUGCAGUUUAUAAAAACGGUAAUACUUACACUUGCAGGGUUAUGGGUGAUGGGAGUUGCACUCAGACCAUUGCAGUGGGCUGAUGUGGUCUGAGUGCCUACAGUGUCCCUUUAAAUGUUACUAGUAACCUACAAAAAGAUAAGUCCUGCGCUCGCUCCCAUCACUCCUGGGCGGCAGCAACGACCACAGUACACAUCAGCCCCAAUAUAUUCAAUAAAAACCAAAGAAAAGUUGACUCUGCCCCCAGCCCGCCUCAUUGACUGAGAUCAUCAGAAUUGACAAUAUCACCAAAAUCAAAAGCUUUCCAAUGGUAAAGCAUUGUGAUUGGCUGAGAUCAUCACUUGUGAUGUCAGCCAAGGAGGCAGAUCAGGAGCAGAGCUAGCACCAGCAGACUGGAAUAAAGAUAUUUUACUAUAUUCAGUGGGGCUAGAUAGUGUUUUUAACACUAUAGGUUCUGGAAUUCAUGUUUGAUCUUCAACGCUUGAUCUUUUGUGGUUUAUCCUGCCUUGGAUUUGUUUGGUCACUUCGCAUGACAAUUUCCUGGAAAAAAUUUUUAGUUCGGAGUUACACAAUGCAAAGAGGAAGUGAAAAAUAGUUGCAGUAAUGGAUUUUGUAAGUUUCUACAUUUGAGUUAGUGUCUUAACUCUUUGGUUACAUGAAUAAACUUUCUUUUUUAAUGUAUAUUUUUUAUUUUAUUCUGGAGUUAUGUUUGAUCAAUUAGUUGUCUUCCUACAUAUUACUUCAUUCAGUUUUAAACCAUUUUUUUUCCCAAGCAGUUUAACACUGAGUGAGGGUCCCUGACUUCCCAUAGCCCCAUCUCGUCCAUCUAUCACUGAGGCAGUGAUUAAACAGCAUGAGCACUGUGAUAGGUUCAAUGCAGUCGUCUGACACAGGCCAAUUCUUCUUAAUUAGCCCAAGCAGCGCUUAGGACACUUCUUUAGCAAUAAAGAAAAACUGUAGUGUUGGGAAUACAUACCUGUAUUCCUAACGGUACAGACCUCCCUCCUCCCAAUCCCAGCUUAAAUUUUUCUUUUAUCUCUGCCCUCCCUCUUGUUCCAUGCACGUCCCUUCCUCUGCCCUUGUGGGCCGAGCUCGUUAAACCCUCCAUAUUAUGGUUAUUGCACCACAGAGUGGCUCCCGUGACAUCACACAGGUUUUGCAUAGCAGCGCUGAGGAGCUUUGCCUGGUACUGGAUUGAGGUAAGUAAAAUGUUCCUUGAACUUUUCAUUUAGAGGAGCCAUACAGAAUAAUGCCAAUAUGGCGUAUCUAUAUCUUACUAAAAAGGGAUUUAAAAAUCCUUUAACAUCUGAUUGAAAAUGAAACCAUUUUUCUCGUGUCUGUUUGAGUCACAUGCAGGAGAAGAGAAGUGUGGCUAGGGCUGCCUAAACAGAAACAAAAGUGAUUUAACUCCUAAAUGGCAGAGAAUUGAGUAUUGAGGGGCAUGAUCUAUACACCAAAACUGCUUCAUUAAGAAAAAGUUGUUUUGAAAUGUAUAAUAUCUCAGAAGAUACAAAUGACAUAAGGAAAGGAAAACCAAAAGAACAAAGGACAGUUCUGCUUUAAUUGUCUGUUAUCCAAGUAUAUUUUAUGUUGAGGUUUGACGAUUUGAACAUUUUUCAAGUUGAAUGUGUAAGUCCAUUACAACCCUUCAGGCUUUUUCAACUCUUUAUUUUCUACUCGUCUUACGUUAGUCAAUGAUUUGUAACUCUGCUCAACAACCUGGUACCAAUUUAGAAUUGUGACACAGAAAUGUGACAUGGCGUCAAGGAUGUGUCUUUCUGGGUUUCAAAUGCAGAUGUCUACAAGAGAGAAAACUCCAUGUGUCUGUAGCAGCAUCAACUUUAGGUAUCUUUUACACUCCCCAGCAAUAUGACACGCAUUAUAAAUCACGCUCUUGGCUCACAGAGCACUGUGUUUGCCGAUCUGAAGGCUUGUCUCCCGGGAUAGCUCACUGUGGUACUGACUAGGAUAUCCCUACUAUCCCUUCCACUUGAAUUGCUCCCAUGGGAGUCAAUAGGCAGUAGGUCUUGCUUCCAUGACCAUAAUGUCUUAUUGUGAGCUGCUGUAGCUCUUCUCAAGCAAUGAGUCCCUUAAUGUCAUCCUAGAGUAAAUAUUGAAGCCAUUCUUGAUGAAUAUUUUUGCAGGGUGCCAGGGGGCUUUUGGCUCCAUAACUGCAGUCCUUAAUGGGUAUGUUGAUGGGAGGGUUCCUUUAAGACUAGAUAAACACUGAGGGCAAUUGAAACAAAGUUAAAGCAACAAAGUUAUUUAAAACCUCUUAUUAAAAAAUAUGUAAAUAUAGUGAAGUAAAAUGUGCUAACAGACUGAAAUUGCGACAUUGUGUAACACCUUAUUAAAGAGUAAACCUCAGAUAGUUGUCACAUUCUUAAGAUGUUUUCAUCUCCUUUAAAAAAUACACACACAUUUUCGUGAGACCACAUGAAACUCUGUGGUUUAAAUGCGAAGUAGAGCAGCUAUGUUUCCUUAUUUCCCUUCAUUGGUAAAGCCUCAUUUAAAAUACUUUGUCAAUUUUUGAAGAUCAUUACUUUAAAAUCACAUGAGUUUAUAAAAUGAAACCAAGGCAGCGUAUGGACUGUUAGCAAAUAUUAGAAAAGGCAGCAAGAUCUUUAUAAAUAAAUUUUUGGACAAAAGAUAUGACCUUGUAGAAACUUCCAAAUGUAUUAUUGGUAAAUUAUAUUUCAUAUUCCAAUGAUAUGCUGAAAUCUGUCCUGAAAAUUUGGAAAUAUCAUUGUUUUGAAUUGUCUUUAAGUUAGUAGGCAGUAAGAACCAAACUAUGGUAUUGCAAUCUGUAUGUGAAGAUGACCCAGGAGGGUCUUAAAUAUAUUAAGUACUAGGUAACAGGCAGAGAUCAGUUGUGGUGUUAGUACAUAUUCCAGGUUUAUUUAAUUCACCAAAUAUUCUUUGAAUUGGUUUUCUCGUCUAGAUUUAACUUUGUCCUGGAUUUUGCCUGAACGGUUACAUGGAUCAUGUGACACAACUAAUUUAUGUAUGAUCAGUAUGCAAUCGAUGUAGAGUAUUUUACUCUUUGCUCUAUCAUUUUAGACUUGGUUGGUGUCUUUCGAGUUUUUGUGUGUUGUGUGUGUGUGUGUAUAAAUAUAUUGCGCGCACACAGGACUUAAUACCUGAAAUAAAGGCCACAAUAAUUGCUUGCAGUAAAGGGACACUAUAGGCAUCAAAACCUUAGCUUAAUAAAGCCGUUUAAGUGUGUAGACCAGGCCUGUGCGGUCCCACUGUUCAAUUCUUUUCCAUUUAGGAGUUAAAUCCCUUUUGUUUCUCUCCAUGCUUCCCUAGCCACACCUCCCCCGGUUGUGACUGAAAAUAACUCCUUUUUUAUGUUGGUUGUGUCAAUCAGGUGUUAAAGGGACACUAUAGGCAUCAAAACAACUUUAGCUUAAUAAGCAGUUUGGUCGUAUAGAUUUUACUCAUGAAAUAUCACUGUUUAAUUAUAUGCGAUUUAGGAGUUAAAUCAUGUUUUCUUCUGUUUGAGACCCUACCUACACCUCCCCUGGCUCUUACUCACACAACUUACAUUAAAAAAAUGGUUUAAUUUUCAAUCAAAUGUUAACUUAUUUUAGAAGUUUUUACCUCCUGCUCUGUAAAUUGUGCUUUAAUUACACACGUGGCUCCUCAAGGGUCUAGAAGACUAUUAUCAGAGCAGGAGAGAAUACAUUAUAAAUGAAACAGAAUUUGCAAUAAAAGAAGUGUAAACAUUAGAUGACUCUUUACAGGAAGUAUUUAGGAAGGCUGUGUAAGUUGCAUGCAGGGAGUUGUGGCUAGGGCUGUAUUAACAAAGUGACUUAACUCCUAAAUGACAGAUAAUUGAGCAGUGAGACUGCAGGGGCAUGAUCUAUACACCAAAAUUGAUUCAUUAAGCUGAAGUUGUUUUGGUUACUAGUGUCCCUUUAACUUGCUUCUGAAGUUUUUAUCUCCUCUUCUGCAAAAUUAACUUUUUUUUUUACAUAAAUUUGUUUUUUGUGGUGUCUAGAAGACUAUUAACAAAGCAGUGUGUGUGUACCGUCAGCUAAGUAGUGUAUCGUUUAUUAGCUGUUUGUGUUGAAUACAUCAGCCUUAAUAGAUCUAUUGUAAAAGAGGUAUUCCAGCUGCUCAAAUUUGCUUUUGGUUAAGUUGCAUUAUAUAGGUGUUGUUCUAAAACAAUGUAUUUAACGUUAUGCAAGUUAUAUACAUAGUUUCACAAAGCUGUUUAGAUUUUUGUAAUGUUACCGUCAGCAUGUAGUGUUCCACUGAUCACAAUUUGAUUGUUAAAAUGCCUUUAUAAAAUAAGUUGUCACUUGAGUAGAUGGGAAACUGUAUGUUUGUGUCAUAUUACCCUAUAUGAACACUGACACAGUAGUUGCUCUGAUUAAAUACCAUGUAAACAUCAGCAGACUAUUUCUUUUCAUUCAUAAUUUUCUCUAUUCACAUUUUAAAUGCAGGUUGCAUUGCAUUUUCAAUUUAAUAACAGUUUCUUUUGUAUUCUUACAGCCUAUCGGACAGUAUCUGGAGUGAAUGGGCCUCUUGUUAUCCUGGACCAUGUUAAGGUAAUUGUUAGUGCAGUGCUUGCUAUAAGCCUGAACAAUAAUUUUUUUCCCUGCAGUUGUAAUCUGUAAUUUCUGCUAGAAUCAAACAAGUUAAAGGAACACUAUAAUACAAAUGUGUAUUCCUGACCCUAUAGUGUUAAAAACACUAGUUAGGUGGCCACCCCUUCCUUGCCCCCAUUAAAUAAGUUAAAAAAAAAAAAACUUAUUCCAGCGCCGCUCGGGAUGGAUGGCGCUGCCCCCCCCCCGAUCUUCCUUUGUGUCCAUUGUGAUAUACAAAUGUUUAAAAUAUACAUGGCAAGUCAGUUGUACAAAACUAAAAAGCACACAGACUACAUAUGAGGAGGUUGACAAAAAGGUAUAGUUACCACAUGUCUAUGAAUACAAAGGCAGAUUUCACGUCUCUGGCAGAUGCUUUGUUAACAGUUACAUGUCACUACCUGCUGACUUCACUUGUACUCAAUCAUCACCAGAGGGAGUGCUUGGUUUGUUCUUGCUAGGUUUCAUCCACAAGUGAGGCUGACCAGGUCUACUUCAAAUGAAUGCUAAAACAUAAUCUGUCUGAGAUGUGUAUACUAAAUGUUAAAGGGACACUCCACUGCCCAAAUAGAAAUAAAAUAAUCACCAUAAUGAAAACAUGCAUGCAUUUAAUUAUGCAUUUUUUUCAUAUAAAAAUAGCUUGCAAAAGUUGCAGUUUUCUUUAUUUUCUUAAAACCCAACUUACUUUGGCUGUGCAAUCACAGGCUUCCCAAUGCAGCUCAAUGAGAAGUCUUUGCAAGGCAGGUGCUCUCGGCAGUUACCUGCCUCUUGAGUUUAUCUCCACUAGACUAAACAACCAGAAAGUAACAUGACCUAUCUGACAGCCAGGGGGUUUAUUUAUAAAUAUGCCAAUUUCUCUUGAAAUCGACAUAUUUGUUUUGUAAAAUGAGAGGAUGCACUCUUUAGACAUAAAAUGUCAGCAAGCCGAAGUGCUUUAGGAGUAUGGAAUGUCAUUUUAAGUAUAAUGUGAAGCUUGAUUCGGUGCUGUUAUUAAGGACUGUGUAAAUAUCUUUGAACUACCAAGCAUGAUUGCAGAAUUUUGUAAGACAUUGGAGUGCACCACAGUCUCUAAUAGUUUUAUAACGCUAGAAGAGAAGUGCAAACUAAAAUCUCCAAGUGUAUAAAACUUAAGUAACUUAGCUCAUAGUAUGGCUUGUACAUUGCAUGAUUGAAAUGUAAUGAUCUGUAAAUUAUAAGUACAAGCAUGUCUCUAGGUAUUGCAGAUGACAGGAGGUGAAGCUAAUUAUGGCUCCUGUUAUAUUUUUCUCAUUAGAAAGACCUAUUUUGUUUCUUAGUUCCCUAGGUAUUCAGAGAUUGUACACUUGACUCUUCCGGAUGGAACAAAGAGGAGUGGACAGGUGCUGGAAGUUAGUGGGUCUAAAGCUGUAGUACAGGUAGGUCUGAAGAACCUUGCUCCAUUUUCUAGAAUCUUAUAAUAUGUUUUGUCAAUUAACUGCUCAUCUUUUCAUUGAUGUAAACAAAAAUCUGUUUGCCUUCAUCAUACUCUGUCCUUAUUUUGCUAAGUAAUCUUCAAUGCUUGCAGUCCUGUGAUAUUUUCUUAUUCUCUUUUGUUUCUGUCCAUCUCAGUGCCUCAUUUCCAUAUUUCCCAUCAAAUCUGUCUCUUGGUCUUUGAAAACAACCUCUUCUUUUUAGGUAUUUGAAGGCACUUCUGGUAUUGAUGCCAAAAAGACCUCCUGUGAAUUCUCAGGGGACAUUCUGAGAACCCCUGUAUCAGAAGACAUGCUGGGUAUGUACUUUGCUAGUAGAUUGAGCAUCUUGUAGAAUUAAUUAAAGGGCAGAAUAUUUCUGAAAGCACAAAACAUACUUCUUACUCUUCAAAUGCCAAAAUGUCAUAUACUGUUGAUUUUCCAGGUCGUGUUUUUAACGGCUCAGGGAAGCCCAUUGAUCGAGGGCCAACUGUCUUGGCUGAAGAUUAUCUGGACAUCAUGGGUAGGUGGACAGUUCACUGCUUCUGUAAUGAGUUCUGUUGUAUAUUACGUAAACUGUUUAAAUUGGUGAGAAUAAAUGAUCUAGUCAAAAUCCAGCACAUAAAGCCUCACAUUUUUAUUUUCUCUAACACAUUUCUUUGGCAAAGUUUCAUUCAGUCUCUCAUACUGUAAAAAGCAUAAUAAACUUUAUUCCUAGCAUGUGUUGUAAUCCUAUCAAUCGGUAGAAGGGGUAGACUGAAAGAAUGCUCAGUGUCCUUCAGCACAGAAAUUAUUUUUUAUUUUUUUUAUAUUUGUCAAGCCCUCUGUAUAUAGUAUACUUUUUAUUAGUUUAGUGUAUUUGUACUUUUCCAUGUGGGCGGUAAGCCCAUAUACAAACAUUAUUUUUCUAUUCAAUAUAUCAACAUUGCUACAAAUGCAGUAUUUGACUAUUUUAUCACCGUUACUCUAGCAGAAUUGGUAUUUAUGCUUCCAUGCAAUUAUUUCAGUCCCUGUUUAAACUAUUAAAGACCAGGGACAUUAUAGAUGCCUGGGCCCACUCUUAUGAGAGAAAAUACAACAAUAUUUAUUUUAGUGCAAACCUGACCUCCAGCAUUGGAGAAUUAAAUACUGGAGAUCUAAUUCCUGGUCUGACAAAUUACAUUGGCAGUACGGGAUGUUUUCUUGGUAUCAAUUGAGCUAUAUUUAAAUGCCAAAACAUUGUUGCUGGCAAUGUUCACCUUUGUUAUUCUUAUUUUCAACUUUAGUUAUAUCAAGUUUGUUCCAAAUAUGUGAUUUUAGCUUACUCAAUUGCUCUGCACUGUUCCUAGAUCACAAUGCAAUUAGUAACCAUUGGGAUCUUGUGGAAUAGGAUGUUUGCAUUGUGUGAGCAAUAAAUCUGCAGGAUCUGAUAUUAUCUUUAAAACUCCUAUAGGAGUUUCCUAGAACCUUGUUCCUUUUUUGACAAAUCCAGGAUUGUAGCCCUCCCAAUACUAGUUAAUAUAUAUACAUAUUUCUUGCUAUAUUAUAUUUCUUAUUAUGUGAAAUUAAUUGCAUUAUUGCAGGGCAGCCCAUUAAUCCUCAGUGUCGUAUCUACCCAGAGGAGAUGAUCCAGACUGGUAUCUCUGCCAUAGAUGGCAUGAACAGCAUUGCUCGUGGUCAAAAAAUCCCAAUCUUUUCUGCUGCGGGGCUUCCACAUAAUGAGGUGUGUAAUUAUGACAAGAAGCAUGUGUGGCAUGUGUGCAAAGAAAUUUGAAAGCUACUGUGCUACAGUGUUAAGUUUGUUGACUAACAAUUUUAGUCAACUAAAAAUUUUGAGAUUUAAUCGACUAAAACUAGACCAAAACUAAAACAAUUCAGAUGACUAAAAUAUGACUAAAACUAAAAUAGCAUUUUAGUCAAAAGACUAGGACUAAAAUUAAAUUGAAAUUUGCAGCCAAAAUUAACAGUGCUCAGAGGGGCUCUGGAAGGGGCAAAAGAGACUGACGGUGCUGGAAGGGCACAAAAAGACAGAGGAUUUAAUUAAACCUAUUAAAUUUUGUCAUGCCAACUAAAAUCUCCAGUAGAUUUAGUCGUCUAAAACUAAAGCCAUUCAGAUGAAUAUGUAAUAUUGAUAAAAAUUCACAAACUACAAAUGACUCAUAAUAUUAAAUGUAUGCUUACUAAUGCAUGGAGCCUAUAUAACAAAAUGGGGGAACUAGUCAAUAGCAUACACUAAACAAUAUGAUAUAGGCAUAACAGAAACAUGGUGUGAUGAGACACAUGACUGGGCAGUUAACUUAGAUGGGUACACGUUCUUUAGGAAGGUUAGGAAAAACAAGAAUGGUGUGGGGUAUGUUUGUAUGUCAACAAUGAGUUAAAGUCAAAUCUUUGGCAUGCGGAGUGUGAUGAGGAAAAUGUGGAAGCUUUAUGGCUAGAUAUCUGCUUGGGGCAAACUAGGGGAAAUCAAUUAUUGGUUGGGAUAUGUUAUAAACCACCUAAUGUAAAUAUUAACAGCUGUUAGAGCAAAUUUGGAAAGCUGCAAAUUGGGGGAACACGUUAAUUAUUGGAGAUUUUAAUUACCUGGGCAUGAAUUGGGAUAGUGACUAGUACUUCAGCAAGGGGAAUCAGGUUUUUGAAUGUGUUAAAUAACACCUUCAUGUCACAACUGGUACAAGCACCAACUAUAAAGGAUGCUUGUCUGGAUCUUGUUAUAACAAACUGUUGAUCAUUUGACCAACAUUCAAGUAGGGGGGCAUUUGGGAUAUAGUGAUCACAAUUUGGUAAUUUUUUAAAUAAACUCAAAAAAGCAAAAGCACGUGGGGGUAUACUAAAACUUAUAAUUUUUAAAAAGCCAAUUUUAAUAAAAUUUAGGGCAACUCUAAAACAUAUCGUCUGGCAUAAACUCCUUAGUGAAAAAACACUGAGGAUAAAUGGAAACUAUUCAAACAAAUAUUAGAAAGGUACAUUUCUCAGUUUGUACCAUUAGGUAAUAAAUAUAAAAGAAACAAAUUGAAACCAAUGUGGCUUAGUAGAGAAGAAAAAAAAGAGAUUAAAAAUAAGAAAAGGGCAUUUAAAUUGGACAAAUCAGAGGCAUCCUAUAUAAGAUAUAAGGAAGUCAGUAAUGCUUGCAAAAAGGCAAAGUGGAUAAACUAGAAAAUGAGAAAUUGAUAGCCAACGAAUGCAAAACCAACCCCAAAAAUUUACAUAAAUUCUAAUAAAACAAAAAAUGAACACUGGAAACAGAUGGGUCUGUUGGCUAAUGAAGACCAGGAAAAGGCAGAAAUUUUAAAUUUUUCUUCUAUAUCUAUAUAUAUAUAUAUAUAUAUAUAUAUAUAUAUAUAUAUAUUUAUGAGGAUCCUAUGGCAAGAGAUGCAAAUGAUUGCAGUUAAAGAAAAUUAAUGUAAAUAAAGCUCUGAGGCCUGACUGUAUUCACCCACGAGUACUUAAGGAGCUAAGUGGGGAAAUAAGUGAACCUCUGUAAUCUUUCAAGAUUUUGUUUCAGGUAUUGUACUGGAGGAUUGGAGGAAGGCAGAUGUUGUUCCUAUAUUUAAAAAUGUUCAAACUCCUUGCCUGGAAAUUAUAGACCUGUGAGCUUAACUUCUGUGACUGGGAAAAUAUUUGAAGGGAUAUAAAGGGAUAAUAUUCAGGAAUUAAUUGGGAAGAACUUUAUUAACAAAAACCAGCAUGGUUUUAUGAAACAUAGGUUGUGUCAAACGAACCUAAUUGCAUUCUACAAAGAAGUAAGUAGAAGUAUAGAUCAGGGUGUUGCAUUGGAUGUGAUCUACUUGGGUUUUGCCAAGGCAUUUGAUACGGUUCCUCACAAUAGGUUAGUCUUCGAACUAAAAAAAAAUUGACCUAGAUGAAUAUUCUUGUUUUUGGGUAGAACAUUGGUUUAAGGAUAGAGUGCAACGAGUUGUCAUUAAUGAUACAUUUUCAAGCUGGACAAAAUGUAUGAGGUGUCCCUAUUUUGGGACUGCUUCUAUUUAACAUAUUUAUAAAUGAUCUUGAAAUAUGCAUUGAAAGCAAUGUUUCAGUGCUUGCAGAUGACACACAACUUUGUGAAGUAAAAAAAUGUGAGCAGGAUAUUACUUUGCUGCAGUGCGAUUUAGAUAGACUGGGGGACUGGGCACUAAAAUGGCAGAUUAAAUUAAAUAUAGAGAAAUGCAAUGUUAUGCACAUCGGGGUCAAGAAUGCACAAGCAACUUACACCCUAAAUGGUAGUGAAUUAGGCAUAACCACACACGAGAAGGAUUUGGGAAUUAGGCAGCAAUACACAAUGUCAAUCUGCAGUUGCUAAGGCCAGUAAGGUUUUGUCAUGUAUAAAUAGGGACAUAAAUUCUCGGGAUGAAAAUAUAAUUUUGCCUCUUUAUAAAUUGCUGGUAAGACCACACCUUGAAUAUGCUGUGCAAUUUUGGGCACCUGUUCUAAAGGAUAUCAUGGCAGUAGAAAAAGUGCAGAGACGAGCUACAAAAUUGAUAAGAGGAAUGGAGCAUUUUAGUUACAAAGAAACGCAUGCCAAAGAUUUGACUUAAACUCAUUGUUGACAUACAAACAUACCCCACACCCUUCUUGUUUUUCCUAACCUUCCUAAAGGGCCAGUACAAACCAUUAUCUGAAAAUCCAUUAAUAAACAGGGCUAUACAUAGGACACAAGGUCACGCAUUUAGGCUGGAAGGAGGAGAUUUCAUCUAAGGCAAAGAAAAGGUUUAUUUACAGUAAAAGCAAUAAGGAUAUGAAAUUCUUUGCCUGAAGAGGUGGUUUUGUCAGAGUCUAUACAGAUGUUUAAACUGCAAUUGUAGAAACACUUGCAAAAACAUAACAUACAGGGAUAUAAUUUCGAAUUAGUGGGGUAAUAGCUGCUUGAUCUAAGGAGACAUCUGACUGCUAUUUUGGGGUCCAGAAGGAAUUUUCCCUAGUUUGUUGCAAAAUUGGAAGUGCUUUAGAGUGUUUUUUGUUUUUGUUUUACUUCUUUUGGAUCAACAGCAAAAACAUAUGUGAGGAAGGCUGAACUUGAUGGACAUAGGUCUCUUUUCAGCUAUGCAGCUAUGUAACUAUGUAAGAUGACUUAAAAUACAACUAAAACUAAAAUAGCUUUUUAGUCAAAAGACUGACUAAAACUAAAUUGAAGUUUGCUGCCAAAAUUAACACUGAUUAAGUGUACAUAAAUAUGACUCUAUUGAAAUUGGCAGGAGUGACUGUUAGAAGUAAUCUUUGUCUGAUCCUGUCAUUUACUCAUUCCUCGGUGGGGUCUGUUAAUACAAACUUAUGUCUAUUUAAGUCAUGUUGCCAAUCUUUUAUCUUCAGAUUGCGGCUCAAAUCUGUCGCCAAGCAGGUCUGGUGAAAAAAUCUAAAGAUGUAAUGGACUACAGUGAGGACAACUUUGCUAUAGUUUUUGCCGCCAUGGGGGUAAGUAUCUAAUGGUAUUGGUCGGUUAGAGCCAUCUAAUAUUAUUCAUAUUUCUGAUACUUUUACAGCGUUUCUAUGUCUCACAUAGCACUGCUUCAAAUUUAUUGUGAAGGAAAAGGAUUCUGGAACAGGUUAGAAGAUGCCGUGCAUUAAACUUAAAUGUAGUUGGGAAAUGACUGACAAGCUUGCCCAGUUUUUUGUAGAAUGUCUUUUUUUAACUAUACAUUUAUUAGCGGUUUGACAGAGUAAUGUGGAAAUAUUUGGACACUGACAUGAUUUUCAUACCACACAAUGGAUUUAAAAUGAAACAGACUUUCAGCUUUGAUUCAAGGGAUUGAACAACAAUAUCGUAUGAAAUGUUUAGGAAUUGCAACCAUAUUCAUACACAGUCCCCUUAUUUCAGGGGUUCAAAUGUAAAUGGAUAAACACAAUUAUAAAUAAAAUGUAAAUUUUUAAUACUUUGUUGAGAAUACUUUGCAGGCAAUGACUGCUUGAAGACUGGAACUCGUGGAAAUCACUAAAUACUGGGUUUCCUCCUUUGUGCUGCUUUGCCAGGCCUUUAUUGCCGAUUUCUUAAGUUGUUUGUUCAUGGGUCUUUCUGCCUUAAGUUUUGUCUUCAGCAAGUGAAAGAAAUGCUUGAUCGGGUUGAGAACAUGUGAUUGACUCGACCAUUGCAAAAUAUUCCUUUUUUUUUUCACUUAAAAAAACAACAAAAAACUCCUGGGUUGCUUUUGCAGUAUGUUUUUGAUCAUUGUCCAUGUGUACAGUGAAGCACCGAGGCUGAAUCUGAGCAGAUAAUAUAUCGCAAUACACUUCAGAAUUCAUGCGACUGCUUCUGUCUUUUGUCACAUUAUCAAUAAACACUAGUGACGCAGUGUCAUUGGAAUCCAUGCAUGACCAUGCCUUCACUCUGACUACACUGUGUUUUACAGAUUAUGUGGUAUGCUUAGUAUCAUGAGCUGUUCCAAGCCUUCUCCAUACUUUAUUUUGUUUUCUUCUCCCCAUCAUUCGGGUACAGGCUGAUCUUAGUUUCAUCUGUCCAAAAAAAUGCUAUUCCAGAACUGGGUUGGCUUUUAAAGAUGUUUUUUUGGCAAACUCUAAUCUGGUCUUUCUAUUCUUCAGGCUUAUGAAAGUCUUGCACCUUGUGGUGAACCCUCUUUAUUUCCUCUUGGGAAGUCUUCUCUUUAUGUAGACUUGGAUAAUGAUAUGCUUACCUCCUGGAGAGUGUUCUUCACCUGGCUGUUUUGAAAUGGGUUUUCUUUACCAUGGAAAGGAUCCUCUGAUUAUCCAUGCAUUUUUGUGUUGCAGAACUCACCAGUGUGUUCCUUUUUUUUUUUUUUUUUUUUAGAAUAUAUACGAAUAUACCAAACUGUUGUUUUGGUCACUCCUAAUGUUCUUAAUAUUUCUCUGAUGGAUUCGUUUUUUGUUUUUUUACAGCCUUGGGAUGGCCUGUUUCACUUGCAUUGAGAGCUCCUUUAAUCGCAUGUUGUGAGUUCACAACAGCUUCCAAAUACGAAUGCACACACUUGAAUAAACUCCAGACCUUUUACAUGCUUAAUUGAUAAAUAACAAAAGAAUAGCAUACACCUGUCCAUGAAACAGCUUUUUGUCCUUUGAAAAAGAGGGGGCUACAUAUUAAAGAACUCAAAUUUUUAAACCCUUCUUCCAAUUUGGAUAUGAAUACCGUCAAAUUAAAGCUGAGAGACUGCACUUAAAGCCCUAUUCAUUAUUAAACUGUAACUCUCAUUUAUUUUGGUAAACUACCUAAAUAACACAAUUUGCGUUGGUGUCCAAAUAUUUAUGGACCUAACUAUUUACAAUGUGUAUAGAUAUUUAGAUAUGGAAAUUAGGAGGGCAUUAAAGACCAAUGUAAUUCACAUACAAAAUUAUUAUGGUUUGUGUUAUGAUGCAUGUGCCUCUUUGUUCUCUACUUCAUUAGUCCUUUUCUUGCCUGUCCAGGUAAACAUGGAGACAGCUCGCUUCUUCAAGUCAGAUUUUGAAGAAAAUGGUUCAAUGGACAAUGUGUGUCUUUUCCUGAAUUUGGCAAAUGACCCCACGUAAGUCUUGUAAAUAUUUGUAACAGCUCUUAUAGGUUUUGUUUUCAACCCUAUCUUAUAUUAUAUCUGCUUGUGCAAAGCAGCCUCCAAUGUGAGAUUGGGUAAAUUAGGUACAGAACAAAAUAUAACUUACCAGGAGGUAACCGUAAUUAUUUGAAACCUGCAGACCUGUUUGCACUAUUAGAAGAGCACAUUUUGAGACAGAUUAUUUUUUUAUUUUUUUUGUGAGAAAUUAAGCAUUAUUUAAUACUGUUCUUAUAUAUACAGCAAUGCAUCUAUUCUAAAUUUUCAUCAUGAACAAGGAAGGUUAGGGUUUUGCAAAAAACAAAAAACUUGCAGAUGAGGUAUGAUUUUAGGGAAUUGGGAAAAUAACACAAUAUAAAAAAUAUACUGUACCACAUAGCCCAAAAAGUUAAUAGAGGCAAGAUUCAGGAAAGUUCAGUUCAACAAAACAAACCAUAAGAAGGAAUCCACACUCAUGGUGUGGGUAUAUAACUAUUUUGUAAACUUUUGCAACACUUCAAAUACAAAAUUAAAAAUGGUAAACCUUAUCUAUAGAGUGCAGAUUCUCUUGUUUUAAUUUUAAAUAAUGUUGAAAAACUAAACUUCCCCAUCCAAACAGAGCCGCGUAAACUAAUGCUGCUGCAAGCUAAAGGCAGUUUGGAAGAGGGUAAGGCGCUCUUCACAAUCGCAGCAUUAUAAAAUGUACUUACUACUUCAUUUGCUGCCAAAAAUGCCAAACACAUGCACAGAUUUCUCAGAUGGCUUUCAAUCGCUCCCUGUCAGAAAAGGCACUGUUAAUAGGUUGCAAGUGCCUGAAGCAACCUCCCGUGUGUGAGUAAAGUUCAAUUUACAGAACAGGAGAUAAAAAGUUCUAAAAUAAAUGAGCAACUCAUUGAAAUUAAAACCAUUUUUAAAGCUAUAUGGACAAACCAAAUUGAUUUAACUCAUGAAUUUCAGUGAGUCAUGCAGGGGCAUGAUCUAUACACAAAGUCAGCUUCAUUAAAGGGAAACUAAUGCCAGGAAAAUAAACUUUUUUCCUGGCACUAUAGCUUUCCCCCUUUGUCAAUGCCCACCCCCAUGGUGCAGAAGGAGUUAAUAACCCGCCCUGUUACUUACCUGGGUCCAGCGCCGAUGUCCCUCAGCGCUGGCUCGGCUCCGCCCACACUCCACCCUCACAGACUUUCGUGGGCAGGGGAGACUUAAUUUGCAUGCGUGACAAUGGCCGCACUCGUAUUAGGAUUUCUCCAUAAGAAAGCAUUAUUCAGUGCUUUCCUAUGGGUAUUCCAGGGAUGCUGGAAGUCUCCUAUCCACCCGGAAGACGCUCUAGUGGCUGUCUGGUAGACAGCCACUAGAGGAGUUAAACCUAGCAGGUAAUAUUGCAAUUUAUAAAUACUGCAGUAAUUACAUGCUCUGGGUAAGGGGGAUGGGAUUUUGCACUCAGACCACUUCAAUGGUUUGCAUGUAAGGUCUAACCUGCUUAUAUGGUCAAUCCAGGGGCAAGUUUGCGUCUCUUUUUGUAUAUUUUGGAGAGAUCACCUUAAAAAUACAAACAAAAAUAAAAUACAAAUAUAACUUACAAGUGAGAGAUACAUUUUUCUCUUUUGCUGCAAAUCCCCAGAGCUUGCAGGUUCCAGAUGAUUGCCCAGGUUUCUCCUCCGAUCCUGUCCACCAAUUAUUUAUGGCAAAAAUCCUGUGCAUGGUCCAUAAAUAUCUCUGCCACGCAGGAAGUCACAUACAAGUUAUAUUUUGUACUCCCGAACAAUACUGGUUGUAUCAGUGGAAAAAUGUUUCAUCUGUCAGUGUGUGACUGCAACUUAGUUGUUGUACCUUUCUGCUACUGUAUUGAAUGUAAGUGUACAAGAUUUAACAAUCUUUAAGUGUGUGUUGUAUGGAUGUAUUAACAUAUUGUAAUUGUGUUGUGUGGGACACAUAUGUUCUCGUUUUGCUAAAAGAUAUAUGCAUUCUUUUACUCACAGUAUUGAAAGAAUCAUCACCCCACGUCUGGCUCUCACUACUGCUGAGUUCCUUGCCUAUCAGUGUGAAAAACACGUUCUGGUGAUUCUGACUGACAUGAGCUCCUAUGCUGAGGCCCUGAGAGAGGUAAUGCUGUUUUUACCCUUGCUUAUUAAGUGCAAAUAGUUCUUAAAGGAACACUAUUGUGUUAGGAAUAACAAGCUAUUGUCUCUCUGCCCUGCAGAGAAAUGAAGCAUUGAAAUAGUGCAUCUCUAUGAGGAACGUUCAGCGCCUUCAUGCAAAGCAUGGAGACACUGAAUGUCAGUGCAGCACUGUCCAAAGAAUCACCUCUAGUGGCCCUCUGAGUGACUGCCACUAGAGGUGUUGCUAGACAGUAAUGUAAACACAGCCUUUACUCUGAAAAGUGGGUGUUUAAAUUAAAAGGUCUACAGGAACAGGCUGUAGACACCAGAACAACUAUAUAGUUGUUGUGGUGACUCUAGUGUCACUUUAAUUCUUUAUUUCUGGACACUGCUGGGUAUUAUUUAUUUUCUUGAAACUGAUUAGUGUUUUUAGUAUCAUAAUUACAGAUUUAGCUCACAACACCGCCUUUUAUUCUUAAAAGGGUCAAUAAAAUAAGUACCAUUAGGUUAUAAAAUCUGAAUCCAAGAACAUGGUUGGAAACUAGUGAAAAUCAGAAUGUGUCUAAAUACAUAAGUAAAUACUUUUCUUUGAAUUGCUUAGUAAUGCAACAAAUAACAAAUGUCGUUUCAACAUAGAAUAUAACCUUUUGUAGUGAUUUAGAAAACUAUAAAGUACUGCCAUCCUCCCAAAUAAGGUAUCAGCUGCUAGAGAAGAAGUCCCUGGCCGUAGAGGCUUCCCAGGUUACAUGUACACAGAUUUGGCCACAAUCUAUGAAAGAGCUGGACGUGUGGAGGGAAGAAAUGGUUCCAUUACCCAGAUCCCUAUCCUGACCAUGCCUAAUGAUGGUAAGUAAUUAUCACAUUAAAUGUUGUAUGAUUAAAACAAAAAUAACUUUGUUCCUUCAUUUGUGUGAAAUAGAUUUUUAUGAAUUCUGGCAAUUGGAAGACUGUGUUUUGCAUUUGGAUAUUCAGUGUUUUACGGAUUUUUUUUUUAUUAUUUUUUUUUUUUUAGAUAUUACUCACCCCAUCCCUGACUUGACUGGAUAUAUUACUGAGGGUCAAAUUUAUGUGGAAAGACAACUGCACAACCGGCAGGUAUGGUUACAAGAUACAUGCCUCUCUUCUUCUGCUAUCUAUUCCUGUGUUUCUCCAAACCUAUCCUAACUUAUCCAAUAUGUUUUCUAAUAGAUUUACCCACCUAUUAAUGUGUUGCCCUCACUGUCCCGUCUCAUGAAAUCCGCUAUUGGUGAAGGCAUGACCAGAAAGGAUCAUUCAGACGUUUCUAACCAGUUGGUAAGUUCAAAGGUUUUAGCAUUAGGAAUGGGCAGUGUUGAUGUCCUUGAGUCAAAAUAGAAUAUCCUUUGAAGACAAUAAAAAGGACCAGUAUACCCAUUGCAUCGUUACAAAUUUUUAUCGUUCCCUACCAAAUUUAGUUUAGAUCUUAGACAUAUUAGGCAUUUAACAAUCAAGACUGACAAGUGAAUCUAUUUUUAGUUCUUUUUUCCUUUUUAGCUGCACUGGAUGUGUAAAAAUUAUAAGCAAAAAUGUGAAAAAAUGCAUUUCUUCUUUCUUGGGUGCAGUGUCCCAGUCCCUAUUAUUCCUGCAAUGGAAAAGUUUUUGAGAAACUACAAUAAUUACAUUGCAGAACUACAAUUGUUUUUAGUUGCUGUCAGACAGCCACUAGAGGUGCUUCCUGGUUGCAUGACGCUGGAUGUCCUCAUGCUCCGCGUCAUGCGCAAGCAGGGAGGUACAUCGGUGCUGGAAUCGGGUAAGUGACUAAAGUAUUCCCAACACUGUAGAAACUUUUUAAGGGGGUUAACCAGCCAUAAAUAGCACCACAUAGCGUGCCUAAUCACCACAUUUCUAAGUAUCAGUAAAACUAUACAUCUCUAUGAGUAGCUUUGGACUGGAGAUUUGUUCUCUAUGCUUCUUUUUGAUUAUCGUUCAGCACUAACAAAAAAGUGUGUAUUCUUUAGCUGGAGAGGUCAAAGCUGCAUCAAAAGGAAAUGUAUUUAGAGCUUGGGUAAUAUAUCUGCACAUUUUAGUAAAUGCAUAUAAUCUAAUUUUUGCAACAAUUAUACACUUCAAAAAUAAAUGUAAAGCCAUUUGUUCAAUUCAUGGCAAAUGGCUUGCAAGUGCUUUGUUACCCAAAAUAGGAAUCUAACAGCAAACCGGAAGGUCCUUCACAGAUCACUUGCAUUACUUGUAAGGAGAUAUUGUUUCCCAUCAGUCAUCAUCAAUUACUGCUAAUGGAAAAUAUAAAAAUGAGAAACUUCCAUCCCACUUUCUAUUUCUCUGUCACCUUUGUAGUCAUCCGCAAGACCAUUCAAUUGGUCUCAUGCAUCCUUUGACUUCAAUGGAAACUCACUGAAAUGCUUACGAAAUAUAGACCGUUGUCUAUCCAGUUUUUUUGUUUGUUUUUUUUAGACGUUCAAGUGUUCCUGUUUUAAAUUAAAAAUCAUACAAUUGUAUAUGUAUAUUGUGGUAGCAUUACUGCUAGUAAAUGUAUUUCUUUUAAAAACUAUUAUAAAGGUAUGGUAUGUGACCAACCCAUCUGUCCUUGUCAUAGAAGGCUAUGCUGCGAACUUGGUGAGAGAAGAGAACCAAGACCACUCCUACAAGCAGUACCCCUGUUCUCUAUUCCAGCAAACACAGCUCAUUUGCUGUGCUUAUUCUAACUAUCACAUUGUCAACUGUGCUAGAAAAUUAUAAGAAUUUCUUGACAUCAUUCCAACCCAGAGCCAUUGCACUGGUAUAUAAGCCAAAGUGACAGUGUCCUGGAGAUGUGUGCACUGUUGGAAGCUAUCCCAAGCAAGGCCAAUCAAAUAGGACGAGAGCAGGACAUAGGUAGGAGCAGAGCUGGGUGUUAAUUUAAUACCCAUGUACACACCAAGGGGAAGGCACUGGUGCAAGAGAGGAUGUAAGUUUUUACUUAUAUUUUUUUUAUAUUCAGGUGAAAGUUUUAAACAUACACUGUUGAAGUGGGCAAUUGGUAGUUAAUAGACCUAUCAAGACUGAUUCACUUUAAGAUGCAAAUGUCAGAAGCGAAAUCUAUAUACAAUCCCAGUAGAACUAUAACAUUAUUUACAGCCAAUAUAUGCUUCUGUCGCAGUUGUUGAAAGCUGCUUGCCUUUUUGUUGAAGAAAAAAAAAGAAGCAAAAGUGGUAUACAUUCUUUGAUCCUUUGUUGUUGUUUUUGUUACCAUGCUAGCACUAAUCUAAUUAUUUCUUAUAACUGCUAGAAUUGUUAAAGGUAUUAUUGCAGCCUCCUGGAGUACUCAGAGCUGCCCUAAAGUGAACAACAAAUUAAUCACUAGACACUGCUGUUUUGACAAUUUUCCAAAAGUAUGCUUUCAAAUUUGAAAGCAACUUUAUAUUUCAGUGCACAUAUACAUCCAUUUAAAUGCUUCCUGUGAAAUAUUCUUAUUGCUCCGUGAUUGAUAUUGACUCACCCUGUUGAAAAGCACAAAUAAAAUCAUAUUAAACUUUUAUUUUUUUCCACCUACCACAGCAGUACUUAUAUCUCAGUAUUGGUAACUACUCAGGAUCUAGAUUUUAAAACCAACCACCCAAUUACUUUCAAAGUCCCUCACCUUAGGUUUUUGCCUAUUCCAUCAACUGGAUGAGUAAAUAUUGUGGGGUCUUGAUUAGCAGAGACUUGGGAGAUAGUGUCUCCUCCCCCCUGCACUGUUAUGACUUUUCCAAAUGCUGAUUAGACUGCUCUAACCUGGACACCCCCGAUGAUGCGUCUGUAUGUUUUGGACGCCUUUUUUUUUCCCCUCUAGAUAACUUUCUAAUAGUCUUCAUUUUUUCUUUAAAAUGUUUCUUGUAAAAUGUUGCAUAUUGUUUUGGAAGAAGACAUAUCUAAAAUCAAAGAUUUUAAACAACGAUGCUAAUAUUAUGUAAUACUAUGUAAACAAAAUAACAGGGCUAAUGGAAGUUAUGUGGCACUUAUGUUGUGCUAUUACAAUUCCUUGCCAGUUUUUUCUCAUGGUUGUGAUUAGAUUUGUUUCAUACAGAUACCAGUUAAGAGAUUGAUUCUGCAGCACUGUAUAAUGGGAAUAUUAAAGAAACUAUGAGUAAUUAAAGCGGACAAAAUGUGAUGAGGAUCCUGCUUAAAUAAGCUUACAGAUUAGAGGAAAUCAAACAACCUGUAUUGUGAUUUAACAUUGAAAUGUAAUUUGGGAUGAAGUGGGAAGCUCUACUUUAUUUUAUCUGGUAUAACUGCUUGUUCAGUGCUCUAUAUCUUUUAAUUUGAACAUGUUUUUAAAACCCUAAAAACCUCACCAUCUAGACAAAGGUAGUUCACAUCUUGGACUGGCAAAGAAUCUUGAAAAGUGUACUUUUACAACAACUUUGGCCACCUCCUUCCGAACCUAUUUGAGAUGCACCAGUGUGAAUGUUUUGUUGGAAACUUAAUGUACAUAUUUUGAAGAUGAGAUCUGCCAAUUUCAUUUUAUGCUGGGAUGCCCUUGCACACAGUGUUAAUUCAUGUGACUUUAUUCAUGCUGAUUAUUAUAUUCAUUAGUUUUUAAAGGCUCUUUAUUCAAAGGUUGAUUACACCUGUUACAGAUUGCCACGUAGUCCCAUCAGGUUGUUUUACAAAGAUCCAUGUUCCAUUAUAUAACAACCCUCUUUGCUCUUUCUAACAGUAUGCCUGCUACGCAAUUGGAAAAGAUGUGCAAGCAAUGAAAGCUGUGGUGGGAGAGGAAGCUCUGACCUCUGAUGACCUUCUCUAUCUAGAAUUUCUGCAUAAAUUUGAGAAAAAUUUUAUAGCUCAAGGUAAGAUUAAAUCACUUUGAAUCAUGAACUAGUGGAACUAGUGGUACUGACUUUAUUUAAAAGGGGACAAAUGAUUUAUUUUUGAAUAGGAAUGAACAGCAUUUCUGAAUUUCUAACUUAGAACAGCUAACGGCAAACCCAGGCAGAAACAAUGAUCACCUGCUUAAAUAUAAAUAUAUAUGUUCAUUUUUUUCACAUAAGAACUAUGCCACAUGCAGCAAAAAAUGGUAAACUUGUGAUUUUAACUGGGGAAAAGCAUUGUUGCAAAUAUGCAGUGGGCACAUGAGAACAGGUGGGUAGUGAUGCUUUGGUUAGGUUGACAAUCAGUCCUGCUGAGUAACAAUCACAUAUGUAUUUUAGCAAAAUUGUAAAUUGAAUUACCCAAUUAGAAACAUUGUGUUAAAUAAUUGUUCUGAUAUCAGACCUCAUUGAAUCAAUGAAUAACCUCCAAUGUCUGGAGGGAGACCUUUUAACUUUGAGUUUUAGAUUUUUAUUUUCUUUAAUUAGAUGCAUGUAAUUCUUACACCCACUUCUAGACCACUGAAUAUCUGGACAGAGUGACCUAGACAAUAUAACGGGAGAUAUGUAACUAUCUGUCAGUGGGUAUUGCCCACAAUUACACUUGAGCUGGUAUCCCUGGAUUGUACAAUUGCCAACUUAAUUUCUUACCAUUUUAAAAAUUUAAAUAGGAUAGGAGUAAACAAUACAGGUAAGCUUUAACAAAUAUUUCAUUCAGCAAAAAUAAAUAUAAUGAAUACAUUACAUGCAACACUAAAAAGCUGGUAGUAUCACUUGAGUCUGGUUAGUAUCUUCAUUUAUUUAUUUUGCUUUAUGAAUUUGGUACAGUUUAUCAAUUUUUUUGUGUAUUUGUGCAAAAUUAAGUUUCUUACGUGCAGUUACCACUUUUUUAAACGGAUUGUGGAUAUUGCAUAAAAAGCAGUUAAUGUCUCCCUCUUGCUGAAAGCACUUAUUAGAUCUCUGUACAGUAAUGUUCUCUUCAACCAAUUUUAAGAUCACUUAAAAUUCCAGAGCAUGUGCACAGUCGUCAUGCCUGCAUGCUCCAGAACUUCUCAUUGAAGCAAAUCAAAAACAGUUGUGCAUGUACAUUUUAUUUAAUUAAAAAACGUUUUUAGGGUAGAGUAACAUUUACUGGGAUGGUUUCCCCCUGUUUCCCUACCCCGCCCCCAAAAAAUAAAGAAAAAACGUACUUGGAUCUUGUUCUGAGGUCAAGUUCUCCCUAUGGCAUGAUCCUCCUUCAGUGAUAUAACUGUCAAUCAUUGCAGUGACAGACAUCACAAAGGUUGGACUGAAGGAGCGCACUAGAGUAGCAUGAAGUGGUGGGGACAUGCCACCAUUGGUAGUCUGUUUCCUGCAAGCUGUCAGUGCUGACAACCGACACCCAACAAGCACAAAAUUUACAUUCGCUAGCCCAGAACUCUUGGAAUAAGCACUUCAAGCUGAAACAUUUGAACAUACAGACUCCAAGGCACCUUUGUCAUGGUGUUUGGAUUCACACUUUAUUGAAGGAAAUAAAAUAGCUCUUUUACAUAUUUUUGAGGUGCUCUUGUUAAAAUGACCCUUCACUGCCCAUAUACUAAAAGAAAAAUCACUAUUUUAGUAUAUAUACUCUCAAUGAAAACAUGCCUGCAUUUAAGUAUGUAUUUUUUCAUUGGGUUUCUAUCUUAAAACUGUUGCAAAAGCUGUAGAUCUCUUGUCUGUAGCCUUUGCAAGCCCACCCUUCUAAACCCGCCUAGACUUUGUGUCGUCCAAUUAUAGACUUCCCAGUGCAGCUCAAUUAGAAAUGCUUACAAGUCCAGUGGUUGGAGCAAUUGCAGCCUCUUGAGUUAGAUCUGCUUUUCUAAACAACCAGUAACAUGACUGGCUAUCUGACAGCCAGGGGGUAUAAAAGGGGUUAUUUAUAAAAGUGUGCAUAAAUUUGUUUUUGAGUCCGGACCUUUUUGUAACAUGACAUGUAGAGGACACAAUCUUCACAAAUAGCACUGACGCAAGCUGAAGUUCUUUAGGGGUCUGUGGUGUCCCUUUUCAAAUAAAUCUCUUGUAGUUGCUGUGGUUUAGGACCCUGGUGUAGAAAAUGAGCGUUAAAAAUGAUGUGCAAUAUAUAGGGGCACCUUUCCAUCAUAGGUAGCAAAGACAGAUGCGGGAUGUAAUUGAACGAGUGUGACAGUAAAUCCUUCAUCAACAAUCUGUGAUGUAAUCCCUAUGUUUUACUCUUGGUGUGCCUGAGCCAGAUUUCAGUCUAUAUCAGCGAGGACGAAGGUUAAGCCUCUGGGAUGUAGCUCAGUGUCUGCCUACAAUGUCACUGGCUUCCACAAUUGCGUAUAUUGUGCCAGAUAUGCACUAGCAUCCUUGAUAAUAAACACUCGUCCAUCAGGAGUAGCAGCAGUUCACUGCACCCAGACCACUCCAAUGAGCUGAAGUGGGCUUUGUCCCUAUAGUGUCCCUUUAAACUUGCCUUUUCUCCACCACCUACAUGGCUGAGAACCAAUCUUGAUGAUCUCAGCCAAUCUAAUGCUUUCCAAUAGGCAAACAUUUUGAGGCUAUUGCGAAUGUGUGGCAAAACGCUGAAGCAUUCAGCAUCUCCUCAGAUGCAUUGAAUCAAUGCAUCUCAAUAGGUAGCAUUUUCAUGCGAAGCAUGGAGACGCUGAAAGUAGGUGCUGCAAACCGUGAAAAGGCAGUGUUUACAGUGCUCAGACCACAGGGACUUGCUAUAAACACCACAACCUAUACAUUAAGUUGUAGAGGUUCUGGUGAUAUUACCACUUUAAAAUAAGUUUAAAAUCUUUCCUAUGGUAAAACUAAAUAUGAAUACCUUCAGCAUAUAGAAUAAAUUAUUCUUUCUUGCAUAUAAAUUGUCAUAGGUGGUGCUUCAUAUAACAAGCAGAAUAAACCAGUGAAAAUAUGCCCUCAAUUUUAUGACUCAAGCAUGGAUGGCAAAAACAAAAAUAUGAUUCCGAGAUGAAAAUGUGUGACUUGUAUCAUUGAUUCAGACGUAGCACUUUUGAAAUUGACAUAUGUAUAAGACUGCUUUAUGUUUGGCACACCUUCAAGCAUUAUGAUUAGCAAAACAUGCAGUGAGAUUUGUGUGUGGGAUCAAUAACUAAAUUAACCUAGUAGAGAAGCUGUUGGAAAUGGGGGAGAAUUAAUACAAUCUGUGUUCAUUGUUAGCAGAAUUUAGGUUUAUUUUGUUGCAUCUCUUUUAGCAUUUUUAAGCUCUGGCAGUGAAGAUGUUAAGCAGUUUGGCAGUAGGGUAGCUGCAGGUGGUUCUGAGCAGUCACCCGUUAUCAGUACAGAUCCUGCUGUUCAACCCUCCUUUAAAUAGCUCACACAGGACUGUCACAUGGGGGAUGUGUAUGUGUGGGCGGCCGUCAGUUUCCUUGGCAACCAGUGGCUCGUUAAGGGAUAAUAGCAGCUUUGGUACACAUGGAUGGGAGCAGCAAGGGGCACUAGGGGGUUCUGACGUGUCUCAAAAUUAACCCAUUGAUUUACACCCUUUAUAAUUUAUAGCAUAAAUAGAUCUGCCUGAUUUGAGUAAAAGAUGUAUUAGAGAGUUACCACAGGAUGGCACUAUAUGUUCAAUGCUGAUUUACAGGCAACUUUGUAUAAUCUAAAAUUUGAGAUUGUGAUUUAAUAUGUUGCAAUAAUGGCCACGUACUAGCAGUAGCAUGUCCAUGUGUUCCGUUGAUGGAACUGACUGGUGUGGGUUUUUUUUUUUUUUUUUUUUGGUGAAACUAUACUUCGCAUGCCUUCUUUUGGUCAGUAAGAAUUAGUCAGAAAUGUUUUCUCUCCUCUUCUCUAGGUCCAUAUGACAACCGCACAGUGUAUGAGACACUGGAUAUUGGGUGGCAGCUCCUUCGAAUCUUCCCCAAAGAGAUGCUCAAGAGAAUUCCGCAGUCUACCCUGACUGAAUUUUACCCGAGAGAUUCAUCUGCUAAGCAUUGAGCUGAACUUUCAUGACCCGUCAUCCAUCCAUCUUCUCUAACUUAAUCACCACCUCACCCUGUGCUGUUUACAUAUCCUGGCAACCCUUGCAGGGGCAGGUUGGAAACUGUAUACCCCAGAGUCCUUUUGGGACCAAAAUAAGUCAAAUUGUCUACAAAUAAUAAAUCAACACAUGUUUAUAACCCCAGGAGAGGGCAUUUGUGGGCAAUUCAGCUGCUGCUGGACUACAUCUCUUGGCAGCUUUAGUCCAGCCACACCUGAGUUGCCACUAGUAGGGUAUCUACUGACCGGUGGCAAUUGUAAAACUAUGUCCCCUACACACAUUUGUAACACGCAUGUAUUUAUUGUGCAGUUAAUGCACUUGUGGUUUUUAUCUUGUGUCUUUGUGUGUAAAUUCUACAGGUUAGCUUUUAAGAGCCAUUUUAGUCUAAUCCUAGUACAAUUAAAUGGCUGACCGUUUUCUUUGUUAGUAUCAUUUAUUCUUUAAGGUCUUGGGGAUAAUUAACCGCUCUGUUCCAUUGUUCAAGACUUCUGACAUUAAUUUUCUAAACCUAUACUUUGUGAAUGAUCCAGGUAAUUGUUGUAUCCUGGCGCAUCGGUAGCCCUUAAUGAGCCAUUGGUCUGUAUUAUCCUUUCUUCGUUUUGCUUGUGUUUUAGCAUCUCAUACUUGGUCUUCAUGUCUUGCUCUACUCCUAUGCCCUUCUAAUGUUUUACCUUCAAUCCUACCAAGUUAGUGAUGUUGGCUUAAAUUUUUAAUGGCUAUACUUUCUAUAUUUUUUCCAUUUUUUUUCCCUUGCCUCUAAAAUCCCAUUAUACAUAUGAGGUUUCUUACCAGUGGGCAUACUUGUGUUAUUUUGUUUGUCAGGUUGGUGCAAUAGGUUCUGGUACUGCUCUUUGCUUCAUUCCAUCUGUAAACGGUGUAUAAAUUUAUUGCAGAAUGUCAGAUUUAAAUAAAUAUUACAUGUACUGUUUGAACCUCCUACCUGCCUCUGACUGUUCCCUAGAUUGGCAGUAUAAUAAUUCAAUGCUAUACUGACAUUAAAUCUACACUCCUGCUUGCAUUUACCCAUUAAAUGUUCUUCUGCACAUGAAUUUACUUGUAUGAAACUUGAAAGAGACACUGUGGAACCCUACUCUCAAAGAUGGAAGUGAACCCAUUUUUAAUGCUUUCUUCAGAUUUUUCAUUAUUAUGUGCACAAAACUGCAUUAAAACAAUACUUUAGCAAGUUGAAGCAGUACUCUGCCUUAAUCAGCCUUAAUCAUCGUAAAAGCCUCCACUGAUCAGGAGCCUCUCACUUUAGUCUAUGGGGUCUGAUAUACCAUAAAUUCUUGUCCUGCAUAGGCUUAAGGGAUAUGAGUACUGUUUUGGAAGCUGUUAUGUUAUUUAAAUAUCACCAAAAUGUUCUGCAGCACUUUUUCGAAAGGGGAAAAUUUAGAGCUAAGGUUAUGAGGUACUCACAAAAUGUUACAGAAAUAAUAGGUUGACGAGGACUUUGCUCGAAAGAACUCAUAUUCUAGUAAAGGUGGACUAUAAAAACACAAAAGGAACGGCAGUGGGGUGUAGCAACCAAGCAACUGGUGGGAAGUAGCAGAAUCAAAAAUCAGAAGGUAAGACUGGAGUGUGGCUUUUUGAGAGAGCAAGAGAUAUGUUGGUGAAAUACAAGUUACUACUAGAGGCCAUAGGCUCUUCUGAAAAGAUGGGUUUUUAAUGACUUCUUAAAUGAUUGAAUACUUGGGGAGAGUCUGAUGGGAGUAGGCAGGCUGUUCCAAAGGAGAGGAGCAGCCCACUACAAGUUUUGCAAAUGUGAUUCGCAGUAAGUGUAAAGGUCACAGUCGAAGUGGAGAGACCAUGAAGCUGUUUUUUAGGAUUAGUGAAGAAAUGCGAUGGAGGAUCAUGUUGAGGGCUUUUUUAGGUAUGGGUUAGUAUUUUGAAUUCCUUCCUACAGGGAGCCCCAAUGUAAGGAUUAACAGAGGGGCGAGAGAAAUCAGCCUGGCAGUCAUUACACACUGUAGCAAGGAAGGACUGUUUCUGAGACGUACAGUAAUCAAUGCAAGGAAUUACAUGGGCAUGAAACAAGCUUUUUAGUGGAAUCUUGCAUAAGAAAGGGACAAAUGCAGAUAAUGAUUUUUAGGUGGAAUUGGUAAAGCAAAAAUGAAGAUAACACCAAGACAGCGAACUUGCAAGGAUGGGCUCAUGCACAUACCAUAAACUUGCAGGGAGCGGGAAAAAAAUGGAAUUGCUAAAUAAGCUGAUCACAGAGCAAGCCAUUGCAUGGUACUAUCAAUUUGACAAGACUUUUUUUUGUUUUGAGAAUAAGCUUAAAAGUCCUGUUUACCAGAGCUAAACAUAGUGCAUGCGCAUUGGAAAAACUUAAGUUGGACAGAGUAAGGUAGUUAACACCUAUGAUAUAUGCAAGCUGUAAGAAAGGGGGCCUUUUUUUUUAUUUAUUUUUUUAUUUUUUUUAAUCGAGAAAUUUUUUUUGCAAAUUGUUUAUCAGCAAUUGUGUAGCUGUGACCUUUUUGCACAUAAUCUAUGCAAAGAUCAUAGAUUGUUAUAUUAAAGAAUGCUCUUAGGAGG